AUGUCUUCUGAUUAUUAUCUAUUCUAUCUAGAAUGGAAUAUGAAAAGUGAAUCAGCCAAAUUUGGUGUCAACCAAUUCACUGACUUGACUCCUGAAAAUGUUUUUGGGUGUAAGAGAUCUUUAGCUUCCCAAGGAAGUUCGAUAAAAGAGGAACACUACUCUCACCGACUCAAACUGAAUAGUCGUGAAGGUCACCGGUGGAAAGGAGCUGCUAAUAUCAAGCGAACAGCAACUACGGACCACUGUCUAUUGGUGAAUUCUAUGAAAAGAUAA